AUGUUACCUUUAUCGAGUCUGCAUCAAUUAGUAUCAGUGAUAUUGUUCAUUGCUCCUUUAACAUUGGGACAGCAGUCGCUUCCAUGUUCUAAUACAAAUCCUUGUCGUCGUUUCAGAGUCGACGAACUCUACAAUGAACCUACGUUUUACCAAUCACGUGCCCGAAGACUUGAUAUAACUAUGAGCGUGGAAAUGGCAGAAAUCCGAUUCGACUGGUUAAAGAUAUGGAGAAGAACUUACAACGGAGUUAUUGGUGGACCAACGUGGAUGGUUUACCCUGGAGAUACACUCAAUUUAAGACUGGAAAAUCACCUCGGACCAAACCCAGUAAAUGACACGGGACCAAAUACUUUCCGUAACCCAAACACAACGAAUAUUCACGUUCAUGGUUUGCAUAUAUCACCCGAGGGAAUUUCAGACAACGUGUUUUUGACGGUAGAACCAGGAGCCGUACAGCAAUACCAGUUCAAUAUACCAGAACACCACCCUGCUGGUACAUACUGGUACCACCCCCAUUUCCAUGGCUCUGGAAACUUCCAGAUUAUUAGCGGAAUGGCUGGUUUGAUUAUCAUUCAGGACGACCCGUAUCAUUUUAAUACACCUUACGAACUACGCAUGGUGUCCUGCCCGUUAAAUUGCAACCAUGAUAUGCAAAUGCUGAUACAACCGACAUUACAAUACAGCGAGGCAGCAGUGCCAAACCCUAUCGGUGAAAUACAAGGUCGAACUCAGGACGACCCACUGUUCAGAAACGAGCAAUUUGCAGUCCCAGGACCUGAUGGGAACCUUGCUAACUGGUUGAUGAAUGGAACAAACGGUGUCAACUACUUUACUGUGAACGGACAAUUACAACCAAGAAUGUACAUCCGUACAGGUCAAAUGAAACGACUACGAUUCGCUAACGCAGGCGCAGCACAAUUUCUUGAACUAGAAGUAACUUCGCUUUCAAAUGGAAGAAAAUGCGAAUGGAGAGAAAUUGCACUAGAUGGCGUGUAUCUACCAUCGCCAAGGGUGUCCAGAACCGGUCAAUCCCUUGUCGUGCCAGGGGGCCGAGUAGACUGGUUGUUAAGAUGUGAUUAUCAAGGAGUUUACCAGAUCGUAUCCACUGCGAAGCCCAUGAAUAACCCGUCGCUGGGUCAGCUUGGCAGAUACAGUGGAGUAUUAGCAACAGUGCAAGUAUAUGGGGGAAGCGUUGCUUUUCCAUUAGACUUCCCUCUUACCCUCCCACCACGUCCACAAUACAUGCCAGAUCUAAGAUACGUGGGUGACAGGGAGAGAGACCAAUUCGUGAUAGAGAUGGGAGCAAUGGACGGCCUUAAUAGAGAACAAUUCCCAGCAGACCCCACAAACCGAAUAAGGCAUAAAAUGCAGCUUGACCGACUUCAAGAAUGGACAUUCGUAAAUUCAAAUGCUGUGUUAUCACACCCGAUGCAUAUCCAUGUUAAUCAUUUUCAGGUCGUCAGCUACAACAAGUACAACGGUCCGAUAUUACUCAAUCCAUUAGCAUUAAUGGUUGGCGCCGGUGGCCCCGGCGGUCCUGGUGGCCCCGGCGGUCCCGAUGGCCCCGAUGGUCCCGAUGGUCCCGAUGACGCACCACCAGACGAAAGAUUCGUCGAUCAAAAUGGCAGCUUUUGUGAAUACCAAUAUGCUGAAUACAUUUCGCAAGCUCAAGUUCCAGCCAGAGCAAAUCUCUCAUCUAAUAUAUUGAACAUGCUUGGCCACGACACGCGUUACUACACUGGACCAGGUUUUCUCGGUUACGCUGAAAUCGGGGAAUACCGGGACACGAUACCAAUUCCCCCUCUGUCUAAUAUUACGAUUCGUUUUUUACCUUUCGACUUUACGGGACAAGUUGUUGUGCAUUGUCACGUGACAACUCAUUCUGAUCAAGGAAUGAUAUUGACCACUCAAGUCGUGCCUAUAGGAGGUUCCACAGCUGGUGCGAGGGUUCCUAGCAUAGCUGGCCAACACCCUGGGACAUGUCAUCCCGGCGACUGGUAUCCUGGUGUACCGAAUCUGCCACCACCUUCUACUAUAGCCAGCACAACGACUGAGCCGUUGACGACGACCACUGAGUCUACAACAACAACAACGACGACGACGACGACGACAGCCACGCAACAACCUUUAGACUUUUUGGCGUUCGCUACAUGGCUGCUCACCAAUUAUCCAACAAAUCUUGCCGAUUAUUUUAGGAAUCCCAACAUUUACCACGACUUGUACAGACAGUCUCUGUCAGGAUAGGAAAAUGUUGGCAUUCAAACCGGUAGAGCUAUACUGUAAUAACCAAAGGUUUUGUAUGUUAAAGCUGCACGUACGGGGCCGCAUUCAAACAGUUUUUUUUAGUAUAGUCGUGUGGGGAAAGAUAUAGGAUACCCUUAGCACAUAAUAUACACAUUUUCUGAUCGAGUUUUAAACAAUUAACAACGAAAAGGUGUCCCUUCUUCCCCCCUCCUAUAUAACAAGUUACCGUAUUCAUCAAUAACGACAUCAUUAUACUUAUUUUAAACAUUUAAAAAAAAAUUAUCUGUAAAAACACUAUUAUG